UUGUUGUUGUAAUUCGUGCCCUUUUUUUAAAACCCUAGAAACACCUUUCAUCCCCUUAAAACCUAAUCAUUAUAUAUAUUGUAAGAUAUAUCUGUAUCUAUAUAUAGAAACAAAAUGUUGUUUUGAAUUCGCUAAGUUAGGAUAUUGAAUUGAAAUUUGUAUAAUUAUAUAUUUAUUAGUAAAAAUGUUGGUUUCACCGCAUUCGGUAGCUAGGAGUUCAUUAGAGGAAAUGUUGGAUUCGAUUCGCCGGAGAGAUGAAGGCGAUAAUCGGAAGGACUUGCCGCCGGCUUUACCGUCGCGGCCGACCUCCAAAGCUCGGCUUCCUAAGAGGUUGAUUCAGGCUAAACUUGCUAUGGAGCAUGUUAUUUCUCCUGAUUAUUCUAACAACAACAACAAAAAAGCUCAACAAGCUGAUGCAAAAUGUGCUGUGACUAGUAGUUGUGCUGGUGGUGGUGGUUUUGGCCGGAGAAAAGCUGCUGACGGUGGUGACUCGCCUUAUGUUAAAAGGCGUUUGACGGAUAACGGUGGCGCGACGCUGGCUACUGCGCCGGAGAACGAAUUGGAUGAUAGUAUUGGUUAUUUUAUUAAAAAUAAUCUCCGUGUUUGGUGUAAAUCGAAAAAUGAUCAAUGGGAGCUGGGAAAGAUCACAUCAACAGUAGGAGAAGAAGCCUCUGUUGAGCUUUCAGAUGGGAGUGAUGUCAAAGUACCGACAGCAGAGCUCUUACCUGCAAAUACUGGAAUUCUUAAUGGAGUAGAUGAUCUUGUUGAACUUGCUUAUUUGAACGAGCCAGCGAUUGUUUAUAAUCUUCAGUGCAGAUAUGAUCGUGAUGUAAUUUAUAGUAAGGCAGGGCCGGUUUUAUUAGCAAUUAAUCCCUUCAAAGAUGUCAAUAUAUAUGGAAAUGAUUUUGUCACAGCUUACAAAGGGAAGACUUUGGAUACUCCUCAUGUAUAUGCUAUAGUUGAUGAUGCAUACAGUGAUAUGAUGAAUGGUGGUGGAAAUCAAUCUCUCAUUACAAGUGGAGAAAGUGGAUCUGGGAAGAGUGAAACAGCUAAGUUUGCAAUGCAGUACCUAGUAUCAGUUGGAGGCGAGAAUCAUAAGAUGGCAUCCAAACUAAUUCACUCCAACUGUAUACUGGAAGCUUUUGGGAAUGCGAAAACGUCCAGAAAUCGCAAUUCUAGCCGAUUUGGGAAGUUAAUAGAUAUAUAUUAUAAUGUGGACGGGACAUUAAGUGGUGCUUGUAUCGAAACGUUGCUUCUUGAAAAGUCAAGAGUAUCUCAUAUAUGUCAUGAAGAACGGUCAUACCAUAUCUUCUAUCAGAUCUGUGCUGGGGCUCCAUCUUCUCUUAAAGAUUUACUGAAUUUAAAAAUGGCGAGCGAGUACAAGUUUCUCAAUAAGAGUGGGUGCUUGAAAGUCGAUGGUGUUGAUGAUGCCCACAACUUUUUAACAUUAACGGAUGCCCUUGAUUCCCUUGGGAUUUCCCUACAAGAUCAAGAAUAUAUCUUUAAAUUGGUUGCUGCAAUCUUAUGGCUAGGGAAUAUUUUAUUCGCAGUAGUUGAUGAAGAAGAAUAUGUCGAGGUUGUGGCUGAUGAAGCUUGUCAAAUUGCGGCUGCGUUGAUGGGUUGCCAGAUGGAGAAUCUCAUGGAAGUGUUAUCUACCAACGUUACGGAUGAUAUGGCCCAACCAUUGUCAUUGCAGCAGGCAAUUGACAAAAGGGAUGCAUUGGCAAAUUUUAUCUAUGAGAGCAUGUUUCAUUGGCUCGUGGGAGAAAUUAAUAAAUCACUUGAGGGUGACAAACAAGUCACUGGGCAUACCAUAAGGAUUAUAGACACUUAUGGAUUUGAGUCAUUUCAGAAAAACAGUUUCCAGCAGUUGCUUAUAAACUAUGCUGAUGAGAGGUUGCAACAGCACUUCAUUCGCCAUCUUUGCAACCUUGAACAAAAGGAGUAUGAAUUGGAUGGAAUCUACUGGAAGAAAGUGGAGUUUAAAGACAACCAAAAAUGUUUGAAUCUUUUUGAGAAGAAACCUAUGGGGUUAUUAUCAAUACUCGAUGAUGUUUCAAGUUCCCCCAAAGCCACAGCUGCGACCCUUAACACUAAGAUCAAGCGGCAUAUAAGUUCGAAUUCAUGCUUUAGCAGUGAAACAGGAGCUUUCAGGGUUCACCAUUACGCUGGAGAGGUUCAAUAUGAUGCUACUGGUUGCUUGCAACAGCAUAGUGAUACCCUACUAUCUGAUACAAUUGAACUCCUCUCGUUAUCUCAUAAUGAAAUACUCAAUCAUUUUGCCUCCCGUGUGUUGAAACCAUUUCAAACAACAGAGCUGGCCGCAUCUUAUUCACACAAGCGAAGUGUUGGGGCAAAGUUCAAGGAUCAAUUGUUUAAAUGGAUUCAGCACUUGGAGAAUACCAAGCCCCACUUCAUUCGAUGCAUAAGACCAAACACCAAGCAACUUCCUGGCACAUAUGAGAAAGAUAUCCUCUUGGAACAGCUUAGGGACAGCCGAGUUUUGGAGAUAGUGCAAAUUUCGAAAUCCAGAUAUCCAAUACGACUCACACAUCAAGAAUUUGCUAACCGGUUUGGCUGCCUUUUGUCAGAGAACAUUAUAUGCAUGGAUCCACUGAGUACAUCUAUUGCUAUUCUGAAGCAGUACUGUGUUCCCCCACAAACGUACCAAGUUGGAUAUACAAAAUUAUUUUUUAGAGGACAUGUUGAUGUAUUGGAGAAUUUGAGAAAGCAGGUUUUGGAAGGUACACAUGGAGUGGAAAAUGGCUUCUUUAGUGGUCGAGCUCCUCUUGACUUUCAUGAGCCUAAGUAUGGAAUUGUGACUUUGCAGUCGUUUGUUCGUGGUGAAAAUGCAAGAAGGGAGUAUGGUGUUCUUAAGAAACUGAUAAAUGGGCAUGCACCGACUUCAUUUGAUGAGCAUUUGACGACAAUAGUACAUUUACAAUCAGUGGUUCGUGGUUGGUUGGCUCGAAGGUAUUUCAGUCACCUCCAGAGAUGGAAGAAAUCAACCCUUGAUCGUUCAAGAAGCAGGCGAAGGUCUCAGAGUAGAAGUUCAGAACUGAAGGGUUUAUUACAAGAAAAUAUGCAAAUAAUGUCACAUAAUGUUGAAGAUCUACAGAGUCGAGUAAUGAAAGCAGAAUUAUCUGCGAGUGAAAAAGAGCAAGAAAAUACUGCCUUGCAGGAACAAAUACAGCAGUGUGAAUUACGAUGGUUAGAAUAUGAAACCAAAAUGAAGACAGUAGAGGAGAUGUGGCAAAGUCAGAUGGCAACUUUGCAAAUGAGUCUUAAUGCAGCCAAGAAGACUCUUGGUUCAGGCAUCUCUGAUGGAAACCGUGGAAGACCAGAUGGCUCACCGUCAACCAAUUAUUAUGAUUCCGAGGAUGAUGUAUCUGGAAUUCCAACUCCUGUUCAAAUGACUCCUGCCAGAAUUGGAAACAAUAGACGGGAAACUAAUGGUGGCAUUUCUAACACAGUUGAUAAUUUAUCCAAGGAAUUUGAGCAGAGAAAGCAAAAUUUUGAUAAUGAUGCUAAAGCUUUUAUUGAAGUAAAGCCUGAACGUCCAACUUCUUCAAAACAGAUUGAAGAUUUUAAAAUACUAAAAAAGAAAUUUGAAAUGUGGAAAAAAGAGUACAAGCAUCGGUUACGAGAGGCCAAAACAAUAAUUUUGAAGGGUAUAAAUGUUCAAAACGGGGGUAGCCUUGGUAGUAGUGUUGUUAAUGGUGCUGGUGGUGAUGGGCGGACGAGAAACUGGUGGGGAAAGUUAAGCAAGAGGGGCAAAGAGAGGAUAAUGUGAGGUUACUUACUCGCUUUCAUGUAGGGAUGUGCAAAGUGAAUUGGAACAUGAAUUUGACCGGACCGAGCCCGACCCGAACCGGACCGACCCGUUCUUUUUUGGUUCGGUACGCGGGUUGCAUUUUCUUCUAUUUUUGGUUUUGGCCUGGUCUGGGUCUAACCCUUGUGAAACCGUGUAAAACCUGGUGAAACCCGAAAGUGCAAACUUUAUAUAUAAAAGAAUCGUCGUUUUGGAAGAAGCCUUCAAGGUGUCAUCCAAGAGCUCAUAAUCUUCUUGUUAUUGUAAUUUUGCAUUAUGUGUAUAUAUUUUAUGAUUGGCUUUUAUAGGAAAUGGGUUAUGGAUGGGUGAAGUAAUGGAGCAUUGGUGGUGAGAUACAUAUGGAAAGAAACAGUUUUCUUUUUGAUGGAACUGAGAACUGAAGAAAGAGAUGAAAGUGAGAUGGUACAUAGUGUGUAGUGUGUACUGCGCGGAUUCUCUUUUGUAUACUUGCCUAGAUUUAGUUUUUCUAUCUUUAAUAUUGAAUUAAUUGUUAAUUUUGUUGAUAACUAGUUAUGUUACCCGGGCGUUGUCUCGGGAGACAUAAUGUGCUUUCAUAAUCCUCACCUUUCAUUUU